AUGCCUCACCGUAUCUUUGGUGGUAACGCUUCUCAACUUCACAACCAUGUGCACCAUCUAUGCCAUUUCGCCCUCGAUAUCUUCCACUCCUCGACACGGGAGCACCUACCGGCGGAAAACCGGGCCAUGCGCUUCUACUUCAGAGCCGGCGUACCGAACCUCCACAACAUGUCGGACUACUUUGCAGACAUGACCGAGGCCGAGGCCGAGGCCUUCCACAUGCAAUGCCAACUGGUCGGCGGCACCAGCGCCGCAAGCCACCGACAGGAAUCCAAAGCCGUCGCCAAACGCCCGCUCCCGAGCAGCAGCAGCAGCAGCAGCAGCAGCAGCAGCAGCAGCAGCAGCAGCAGCAGCAGCAACGGCUGGCCGCCCAUGCUUUCGCAGCUCGUCUGGUCGCGCUUCGGCCUGCCCGCCCUGCGCACUGCCGCCGCUGCUCAACCCCUCAAGCGGGAACAGACGCCCUCGUGGGUCCGACGGAGAGAUGCGUUUGUCCGCGCGUACAAGCUCUUUGCUACACUACGCGCUCAGCGGGUGGCCAACCCUGUUGGAGCUCAUGUAUGA